AUAUUGUUUUUAUAUUGUUAUUAGUUUACAUUCAGUAGAAAAUAAUUCAGUUAUGGAUGAAGAGUCAUUUGGUAAUGAUUUCAGAUUGAAAGAUAACGAACUUUUUAAAAUAAAAUUAGCAUUAUCCUCUCUUACAAACACUGUCAUAAUAUGCCCAACAGUAGCUACAUUAUAUACUCAAGCCCUUAAUGAUGAUGAGACAUGGAGUUACUUAAGAAAAGGUGUUCCUGGUGUAAUUUUAAUUCACAAUAAAAAUAAGGAAGUUACUUCAACUGAACUUUGUUUAGCAGACCCAGCAUCAGGCUUUGCUGUUUGGAGAGAAAUUUUAAAUGAGAAUUCUGAGUAUAGAGCUGUUCAAAAAAAUUUUCAUAGUUUUAAGCUUUAUUCAACCGGACAAUGUUCAAUGGGAGGUUUAAAGUUUCCGAUCACAGAAGUAGCUAAUAAUUUUUUGCAAGAUGUUUUAAAUAGUAUACCAAAAUUUACUGUACACGAACUUCAUGAAAAGCACAUUGAAAAAAGAACAUUUUCAUUGCGUAGGCUUCACAAAGAAGAAAUUUCACUGCCUUGUAUGUUUUUACAUGUAUCCGGUAUAAAAAAUAAACAAAAUGAAAAAAAAAAGUCUAUAACCAAAAGUCAGCAUCUUUCAUAAAUAUUUGUAUAGAAUCAAAUUCUAAUUUUUUUUAUAUUGCGUGAGUAAAAAUACAUGUUCAAGCAAUAAAUAGCAACUAAAUGUAUGUGCAUGCAACAUCACAAACAGAGUCAAAAGAAAUUUUGUCUUAGCAUUUACUAUCAGCAGCAGAUCCUGAUCAUAUAAAUUAAAAUACAAUGAAGAUAAUAUUUUUUUUGGUUGGAACUUAAUGAAGAGAUUUUCUAUUUGUUUGUGUUAGAGUAUGAUGAAUAAAUUUCCUAUUUUUUGUGUUGGGAUGAACAACAGAUUUCAUAUUUAUUUUGAAGAGUUUAUAUUUAAAUCUUUGGUAGUUUUAAUUUUUUUAAAUAAAUAAAAGUAUUUUUAUUUUUUUUAUAUUUUGCAUGUUGUUUUUAUUUUUUGUUUUAAAAUUUUUAUAAAUUUAUUCAGAAACCAUACCAGGCUCAUUUGUUAAGCUUCAUAUUGAAGAAAAAAGACUGGGUAAAAAAUUUGUA